UCUGCACCACUGUGCGACCGCCGCCGCCGCCGCCAUCGCCCAGGGCGAGCCGUCGCCCGUCCGGAAGCGCGACUGUCCGCCGCCGGCCAGUCGCUGCUGUCCCUGCCCGCCGCGCGGAUCUCUGCCGGGACUCGCGGCGGCGACCUGCACCUUCUGGGGACCUCUCGUCGGCGACGUGCUCCUUCUGGAAUCGCACCCACGGCGGGCGCCCGGCGGCACCGACGGCGCACCUGAGUGUGGAAGUUGCUGCUACGUGGCCCUGACGAAAGAUGUGACCUGCUGUGGUAACGCCAUCUGGUUGAGCCAGGCGAAGCAGUUCGGCGGUCGUCGGCUUUCAAUUUCCCCACCUUUCAUAGGGUGCGGCUAUGACGUGCUUCGACGACAACGUGACGGUGAGCACCACGUACGGGUGGGACGCGUCGCGCGCCGCCUUCGACGCGGUGAUGCUGUUCCUGGUGAUGGUGACGAACGCGAGCAUCCUGGGCGUGGUGGCGCGGCGCUGGUGCACGGAGGGCAUGCCGCUGGGCAACGUCACCUCCAGCCUGCUCGUCGUCAACCUGUCCGCCGCCGACUUCCUCGUCGGCUUCCUCGGCGUCUUCCACUUCCUGCCGCGCUACCUCUGCGACCUCGAGCAAGUGCUGGCGAGGCACCGCAACCUGUGCAUCCUGCGGUUCGCGCUGGUGCUGACGGCGCACCUGGGCUCGGGCUACACGCUCAUCGCCAUCGCAGCCGACCGCUACGUCGCCGUCUGCCACGCGCUGCACUACAGGGACUGGAUCACCCCCAGGCGGUCGCUGGCGCUGAUCGCGGGCAUCUGGGUGGUGGCGCUGAGCGGCGCCAUGCUGCUGUUCGCGUGGAACACGUUCGACAAGGUGGGCAACCGCUGCUCCGAGGACACCGUGCUGCCGCUCGCCUACACGCUCUUCGUGGGCGUCUUCGGCCAGGUGGUCAUCCUCGGCACCAUCACCUGGGCGCACUGGGCCGUGCACAGCAACGAGGCGCACGGGGGCGUGUUCGCCCAGGGCGAGGAGCGCGUCAGCACGCGUGCGUCGCGCGUGCUCGCCCUCAUCCUGGGCGUGUACGUGGCCUCGUGGGCGCCCUUCAUGAUCGUGCUCAUCGUGCGCACGUGCAAAGUGCACGUGCCGCCCACCGUCAUGGAGACCGCGUCCAGCAUCGUCAACUUCAACUACCUCGUCAACCCGUUCAUCUACGCCUAUAACAACAGGCCGAUCCAGAAGGCCAUCCACAAGUGCGUGCGCAGUUUCAAGCGGAAGACGUGGUUCGAGUCGUGGAAUGAGCCCAGCCACAUUUUCGCCAAUCAGUCUCAAUUUACUAGUCUGAUAUGCCAAGUGCACGUGCCUAACACCGGCAAGGUCUGUGUCCAGCGGCGUCAACUUCAACUACCUCGUCAACCCGUUCCUCUACAUCCGCAACAACAGGCCAAUCCAGAAGGUCACCCAUCCCAACGUACGCACGUCAAGAAUUGGAAUCUUGAAUCAACCCAAGUAGGGCGUGUCACAAAACAAAUUGUGAGGGAUGGCCUUCAUCAAUAA